AGAUCUACAAAUGCAUCUGAAUAGACUUCCACUUCCCCUUAUUCCAUUAUUAAUUUCAGAUCUUAAAACCAGUUUCUUGUUCAGAUUCUAUCGCCUUUUCCCAACAAGUUUUGUCUCCAGAUCAUCUAAAUGAAGCGAGAAGAAAUCAACGAAUCAUUAUUCCCUCUCUCAACUCCCUCAAACCACAAACGAUGCCUACGCAACAACCCGUCACAACUCCAACGCCGGUGCCACCACCAACACCACCUGCGCCACCGCAGCAGAGGCGGAAAGGUGCUGGAAUCAGGGCUUGGCUCGUUGUCUCAGCCUCUGGAAACUCACAUCUGGAAGAGGUUGGAAAGCAUUUGAUCAUGCGAAGAACUGGGCUUCCAGCUCGUGAUCUAAGGGUUCUUGAUCCUGGGCUCUCGUAUCCAUCGACAAUUCUUGGUCGAGAUAGAGCGAUUGUUGUGAAUCUCGAGCAUAUUAAAGCGAUCAUCACUGCAACUGAGAUUUGGGUUCUCAAUUCCAAGGAUCCUUCGGUUUUUCCUUUUGUUCGUGAUCUUGAAUGCCGCGUCUCAAAUCUGAAUGAGACGACGCGAAAUUUAACGAUGGUGGAAUCGCCGCGAGUUCUUGAUUCUCGACAUUCUUCUGCUGAAGCAGAGAUGCUUCAAACGAAUGGUAGUGGGAGUCUCGUGGGUACAGCGGAUAUACAAGUCAAGGGUACGGCUAAGGCGUUGCCUUUCGAGUUUCGGGUUCUUGAAGUUUGCUUCGAGUCUGUUUGCAGGAGCCUUGAAGCUGAGACCUCCACAUUGGAGCAAGAGGCAUAUCCAGCUUUAGAUGAAUUGACCUCUAAAACCAGCACACACAAUCUCCAACGUGCUAGACAUAUAAAGAGUCGUCUAGUUGCAUUAUUUGGGCGUGUUCAGAAGGUGAGAGAUGAACUUGAAAAUUUAUUGGAUGAUGACAUGGACAUGGGUGAAAUGUAUUUGACAGAUAAGCUCUUCGAUCUACAAGUUGAAGAAGAUGCAUCAAAAGAAGAAACAGAGAAAGAUAAUGAUGUAUUUGAUUUAGAUGAUGAAAGUGAUGAAGACUCACAAAAUAACAAAAGUAGCAGUGGAAGAAGUAUAGGAUUUAAGCCAAAUGUUGAAGAGUUGGAGAUGCUGCUAGAAGCUUACUUCGCACAGAUAGGGGGAACCUUGAACAAGCUGUCAGCUUUGAGGGAGUAUGUCGAUGAUACUGAGGAUUAUAUCAACAUUAUGCUGGAUGACAAACAGAACCAGUUGUUGCAGAUGGGAGUUCUGUUGAGCACGGCAACUUUGUUAUUGAAUGCAAGCAUAGUAGUUGUUGCUAUAUUUGGAAUGAAUAUCCAGAUUUCUCUCUUUGAAGGUGGGCCUGCUGAAUUUUGGGAGACCACAUUAGGUACUAUUGCUGGUUCUUUGGUUUUAUAUUUGAUAGCAUUCUACCUGGGUAAGAAGAAAGGGCUGCUGGAGUGAUGAAACCUCCCCCUUCAGUAAGUCUCAAUUGUUCAAAUUAUUGAUAUACUAUACAAAGUUUUUUGGAUCUAACAGUGAUUGUCCAAUAAUAAUGUAAUAAUUCCAACUUAAAUUAUUCUAUUUUGUUUUAGGUGGCAGUGUUGCCCUAUGUCUAA